AUGGAAAAGAAGUUCAUUCUGGAAGUAGAAGUCUUUGAUUGCUGGGGGAUAGAUUUCAUGGGUCCUUUCCCAUCCUCAUACGGAAACAAGUAUAUACUAGUCGUUGUAGACUACAUAUCCAAAUGGAUUGAAGCAAUAGCUUCCCCAACCAAUGACGCAUCCGUCGUUAUUAAGCUUUUCAAGAGCAUAAUAUUUCCACGGUUUGGAAUUCCUAGAAUAGUCAUUAGUGACGGUGGAACCCAUUUCAUCAAUAAGGUCUUUGAUGGAUUGCUUAAAAAGAACGGUGUUCAGCAUAUAGUAGCUACUCCCUACCACCCACAAACCAGUGGACAGGUAGAAGUCUCUAAUCGCCAAAUCAAAGAAAUUCUAGAGAAAACUGUAGGAAUUUCUAGAAGGGAUUGGUCUAGGAAACUAGAUAAUGCACUUUGGACCUACAUGACCGCCUAUAAGACACCGUUGGGAACAACACCAAUCCACCUCCUUUAUGGCAAAUCCUGUCAUUUACCGGUCGAACUGGAGCAUAAAGCAGCUUGGGCCACUAAACUUCUGAAUUUUGAUAUAAAGCCUGCUGCUGAAAGGAGACUCAUCCAGCUUAACGAGCUUGAUGAAAUCAGACAUUUAGCCUAUGAAAAUUCGAAACUAUAUAAAGAAAUGACUAAAGCGUACCACGAUAAGAAGAUCUUAUCCCGACACUUUGAACCGGAUGAUCAAAUGAGCUCAGACGCAGCCGCAGAGAGACGUGAGAGGAGGACAAAGAGGAGAUUCGACAAAGCUAGCACCUCCGUACAACACCGCGACCCUUGGCCUCGUGACGACAAAACACCCAUCGACACCGUCGAGGAGUUCGCUGACCCGAAGAAAGCGGUCAACAGCAAGGAGUGUAUCAACGGCGUGCUCAAAGACAAAUGGGACGACUACGACAGCUUGUUCUAA